AAGAGACCUCUGAACGCCUUCAUGUUGUGGGCCAAGGAGGAACGGAGCAGAUUGCUGAGAUGCGCGCCAGGUGUCCACAACUCCAGUCUCAGCAUCAUGCUUGGUAUAAAAUGGAAGAGCAUGACCUCGCAAGAAAAACUUCCCUACGUUAAGAAGCACCUCAAGUUGUCCGAA